UACUUUCAGUUGCAUCAUUUCUAUAUACAUCUCCUAAAUUUUGUUCUGUUUUCGGCCAAAAAUUAUGAGCGUGGAGAAUCAAUUUCCCAAAACAGAAACUUUGAUGAACAAGGAGUGGCCUUCUUAUAUUUAUGGCACGCCAACAGGUCCUAUCAUUUGGGGCGCUUUAAGCAAGUCACCACCUUCAUCAUCAUCAUCAUCUCCUUCACCUGAUAGGCUCAAUUCCAGUUCUUCACCUGAGGAGUCUCUAGGAGCCAAUUUGUUAAAAAACAUCCCUGGAAUUCUCAGACAAGAUAUUUUGAAUGAACAUCAUUCCAGCUUGUUUGUUUCAGGGUUCAGCUCUGUCCCCCCUCAUGGUGGUCUUGUUUCUGAGGUCAAGGAUGGUUUUAUGCCAUUGAACUUCUUGGAGACCUUUCCGAAACUAAACCAAGCUCAAGUUUCUGAACCACCUUCUCCCUCUACAACAUCGAAAUUCCCCAACUUAACCUUGUUUCUGCAGGAACCUGGCAUGUUAGAUCCGAGCAGACGAUCCAUUGGUUUCAUGGGGAAAAAGGGUGAACCUGGAUCGACCUUGUGUCAAAACCCUUCAUUCCAAAUGCCUCAACUUGGUGAGGUUCAGUCUCAAAUGGGGGAUGAAUGGCUUAGAAUGAACCAGAGUUUGACAAGUUAUCAAUCCAAAGGUUUUAGUGACUACUGGCUUAGCACUACCAAGACUCAACCUAUGAAGUACAGUGGACGCAGGUUGCAGAACCAGCAUCAAAAGGGUUCAUCAUCCCCUGGAAAGCUGUUCAGAGGGGUAAGGCAGAGACAUUGGGGAAAAUGGGUUGCCGAGAUACGGCUGCCGAGAAAUCGGACAAGGGUUUGGUUAGGGACUUUCGACACUGCAGAAGAAGCGGCAAUGGCAUACGAUACAGCAGCAUACAUGCUGCGUGGAGAAUAUGCACAUUUGAAUUUUCCAGAUCUUAAGCAUCAACUCAAGGCCAAUUCUUUGAAUGGGAACACUGCUGCGCUUCUUGAAGCCAAGUUGCAAGCAAUUUCACAAGGCAUUGCUGGCAACAAGAAGUCCAAUGAUCCAUCGUUGACAUCGGCAAAAGUCCAAGAUUUAAACAAGAACACUGAGAAAAGAGAGUGGCAAUUUGAGGUCAAGAACAAGGCAGGAUCUGAAGUGAAUGAGAUUAGUAAGAAAACUCAGGAGAGUGUAUCAUCAGAUGUAGAUGCUGUACAGUUAAGUAGAAUGCCUUCCUUGGACAUGGAUAUGAUCUGGGAUGCUCUUUCGGUCUCUGACUCCUGACAUUUUCUUAUAUUAUUCAUCUUUGUCCUAGCAUAUUUGUAUCAUCUUACUUCCACAUGCUCACAUAUUUAAUCAAACUUUUUUUAUCCAAUAGAACAGGCCAACUAUUUUGGUUCAUUUCCUCA